AAUACAUAAAUCGACUCAGUCAUUGCAUGGCUGUGGUAAUCGCGCUACGUAUAUAUUCGUCUCCUAUCGCCUGGCGUUCGUUUUUUUUUUUUAAUAAUGACUGGCACAUUAUCCACCAUUCCCGAGUACUUCACGGGAAAAAGCGUGUUCGUGACGGGAGGCACGGGUUUCAUAGGUAAGGUGCUGAUAGAGAAGAUCCUGAGGUCGUGCCCCGACGUUUCGAACGUCUACGUGCUCGUCAGACCCAAGAAGGGCAAGAGCGUCGAGGAGAGGAUCAAGGAGAUCACCGAGUUGCCGCUAUUCGAUCGCUUGAAGGAUGCCUUUCCGGAAAACCUCAAGAAAAUCGUACCCAUUGUUGGAGAUGUCACCGAACUCGAUUUGGGCAUCAGCCCCGAAGACAGAUCCACCCUGAUCAACGAGGUGAGCUUCGUCUACCACAUAGCGGCCUCCGUUCGCUUCGACGACUCCCUUAGGGACGCCGUCAUCAUGAACGCGAGGGGCACCAGAGAGGUGGUCCUCCUGGCCAAGCAGAUGCGUCGCCUCGAGGUCCUGGUACACUUCUCCACCACCUACUGUCACACCGACAAGAGGGUGGUCGAGGAGAAGAUCUACCCUCCCACCGUGGACUGGAGGACCGCCAUCGAGCUGGCGGAGAAGGCGGACCCCCACGUCCUGGACGUCUUCACCGCCAAGUACACCGAGCCCUUCCCCAACACGUACACCUUCACCAAGGGCCUGGCCGAGCACGUGGUGAACGACCUAUGCGACGGGGUGGUGCCCGCCGUUAUCAUCAGGCCGUCGAUAGUGAUCAGCACCAUGCUGGACCCGGUGCCGGGGUGGAUCGACAACUUCAACGGCCCCGUGGGCAUCCUGGUGGCCUCGGGGAAGGGCAUCAUGAGAUCCGUAUACGCGAACCCCCAGAUCACUUCCGAUUACGUCCCUUGCGACAUCCUCGUCAAGGGCACCAUCCUCGCGACCUGGAAGAGGGGUCUGGAAAGUCCCGACGAGAAGUACAAGUUGAAGGUGUACAACGGCAGCACCAACAAGAUAAGGCCCGUCACCAUAGGCGAGAUCGUCUUCAUGGGCAAGAAACUGUGCUGGGAGACCCCGCUCAACGACGUGGUGUGGUACCCCAACGGCUCGAUCACCAACUGCUGGUACUACAACUAUUUGCGCGUCCUCUUCUACCAGCUGCUGCCGGCUCUGUUCCUGGACUGCCUGCUGGUGCUGCUGAAGAAGAAACCCAUGCUGAUCAAGAUCCAUAGGAAGAUCUUCAUAGCCAACAACGCGGUGCAGUAUUUCCUGAGGGACGAGUGGACGUUCGACAACAAGCAGACCGUGGCCCUGGAGGGGUCGCUGCUUCCGGAGGACGUGGAGGCGUUUUCGUACCAGACGGACCACCCCCUGAGCGAGCCCUACGCUUUCUUCACGAUGGGGCUGAUGGGCGCCAGGAGGUACCUGCUGAAGGAGCCCGACGAGACGUUGGCCCAGGCCAAGGUGCACUCCCGAAGGAUGUGGUUGAUUGCCCAGACAUUCAACGCGAUGUGGUACAUCACCGCAUUCUUUUUACUUCGCAAACUGGUCUACUCGUUGAACAUCCUGUCCAGGAUCAACGACGCGUACCUUUAUUUUAACUCCUAGUAUAUCGCACUUACAUAUUUUUUUUAUCUUA